AUGCAGGACGGUGCACAAGUUGUAGGUAAAGUGCCAAACCCAAAUGCGGGACGGGCACACUACACCACUGCCAGCGAAGUGGCAACAAUGGACUUUGCUAGAAAUGAGCUACGCACCCCGGUACCUAAAGUGCUAGCUUGGAGCUCCAAAGCAAAGGAAAACCCAGUUGGCGCCGAAUACAUUAUAAUGGAAAAGGUUCCCGGCGUCCAGCUUGAUAAAGCAUGGCCGAAAAUGAGUAUCAAGGACAGAUUUGAACUCGUGAAAGCAAUUUCAGGAUAUCAAAAAGCCUGGACGUCGACGUCAUUCACCAAAUAUGGCAGUCUAUAUUAUGCAUCCGAUUUGGAUGAUUCCGACGGAUGCGUCCUUGUGAAAGAGGAUGGGUCUGUAGCCAGAAAUCAUCGGUUCGCUGUUGGUCCGUCGACAGGCCGGGAAUCUCUCGAUGACGGUAGGAUAGCAUUGGACUUUGAUCGAGGCCCUUGGGAUGAUGUGGAACAGUACAAGUCGGCCGUUGGCCUUCGCGAAAUUGCCUGUGUACAGAACAUGGCUCAACUACCUCGGUCACCCCUGUCGUUACAUGGCCCCGGUACAUAUCGUCCCUCUCGGCCUAAAAAGAUAGCCGCUCUUAAAAAUUAUCUUCGCCUGGUGAAAUUUCUUCUACCCACAGAUAAAUCAAUUUCGUCCGCUUUUUUAUGGCACCCUGACCUUCACGCUGAGAAUAUCUUUGUCCACCCAGAAAGGCCAUCGGAGGUGCUAGGUAUCAUAGACUGGCAGUCAAGCGAACUGUUACCGCUUUUUGAUCACGCGCGCCAGCCUUAUUUCCUUGAUUACGAUGGCCCUCCAUCGACAGGUCUUGAUGCACCAGCGUUUCCGGAGAAUUUCAAUGAACUUGACCCUGCCGAGCAAGCAAGGGCCCAGAGUCUGUAUCUGAAAAUGUCACUCUCAGCUUUAUAUCGAAAGCUCACUUACAACAAUAACAUAACACUGUUCAGAGCCAUGGAAUUUCGGGAGACAACAAGUUUUGACAUGAUGUUAUUUGCUCAAAACCUCCUUAUAGACGGGGAGGCGUUAUACCAAUCUCGAUGUCUCGAACUCGAAGAGGAAUGGUCGAGUCUUCCAGGCGUGCAAGCCUCUGGCAACCCCCCGUUUCCUUUGCAGUUUUCUGUGGAUGAAGCUGAUUCAAUUAACGAAGAUGCGUCUGGUGCAAUUAGGGCAAUGGAAUUAAUGCGGAGCUUGAGAGAGUCGUUAGGUGAACUUUGGCCUGACAAAGGUGUUGUACGGCCAGAGCAAUAUGAUGACGCAAAAAGGCUUCUUCAACAAGCAAAGACGGAGCUGAUUGAUCAGCUCGCAAGUUCUGAAGAAGAAAGAAUCGCAUGGCAAGAAUCAUGGCCAUUUGAUGAUUGA